AUGUCAAAUGGGGACGUAGUGGUCGAUGCAGACCAACAACAAGCUCAAGCAGUUGUCGCACCUCAACAGCUUGAGUUGCAAAUAAAGUUACCUUCAUUCAUUGAUCAAAAAGGGGACUUGAAAAUCCCUUCACACUAUGAAGAAACUAUUACUGACUUGAAACUGACUUUAACUGUUAUUCCAAAGACAAGAAGUUUGACCAACUACCUGAUUCUCAUUCAAGGGGAACACGAUGUUGAACAAUUUGGCGAGAUUGUUACAUUUGGACAAAUUAUUGAAGAGUUGGCCUUGGGCGAACCUGAAUGUUUGCAAAUACAAAUUCGCGAAAAGCCUUACAAUUUGGCUGCUGUUUAUGAGCAAAUCAUCAGAUUAAGAGAAAUUGUGGGCCUUCAUUACGUUGACAAAGUCUCCCAAGAAUUGGGGUCUUGUGGUGGCGUCACUAGAUUCAAUUCAAUAAAACUUGACCCAGUUACUGCACGUGGUGAAGCAGAGAAAUCGGACACAAACGAAGAAGAACAAGAACAAGGAAAAGGAAAAGGAAAAGUUGGAAAACCAAACGAAAAAGAAUCUGGAGAAACCAAGGAGACGGAUUCACAACCGGAACUUUCAAGAGAAGAACUUCUUCAACUCUCAGAUCUUGUUAAAGAGAUCGAGGAAAGUCCCGAGAGUAUCAACUUCACACAAGCCACGAAGUUUGACAAUAUCAAUGGCAAAGUGAAAAUUCCUCUCAAGUCCUUUGCUGUAUCACAAUGGUCACCAGUCCCAUCUUUCCAAAAGACCAAAGGAGACCUUCUUUACCUUACAGUCCAAACGUUGGAGAAUGAGACAUUCCACAUCACAUCCCACUUUACUGGGUUCUUUGUCAACAAAUGCUCGGCCACUACAUUUAACCCUGCUUUAAAGACAAAUGAAAAGGGAAGAUAUCAUAAACACUACUUGUUGUACGAAUUAUUGGCACAAUUGUCACCAUCCUUCACAAAGACAAUUGAAGACAAUGAAGUAAAAUUAUCCGAGUCAACUGAACACCCAGAAACCUAUUUGUUGCCAAAUAAUUCGUUCUUGGCAUUUCCAUGGGUUGUCAAUGCAAGUGACUUGAAGAAUAUCCCAGACUCAUCUAGAUCACAACUUAUGUUGAUAAGCAACGGUGUUGAUGGCUCUGAGAUCAUUAAGGAAUGGAACAACGAUAUUCAAGCAAUGAAAGAGUUACCCAGCACAAAUUUCCAAGAACGUCUCAUGCGUGACAAGCUUAUCCAAAAGACCCUUUUUGACUUUAGUAAAACCGCUACCGAGACCGCCAUUAACAUCAUUAAAGGAAAUAUUGCGCCAAUGAACCCGGGAGAAGAGCCUGACAAGCUCAUUUACUUGAAAAACGGCGUGUUUUACUCGGCAGGCACAUCAACAGUUGACGUUUUUGAUAAGACAGGUGGCGAGGAAGCUUCGAGAUACGUUUCGUCAAAAGAUCUUGCUGCUAUAAAGAUUGUGAAUAGACACGAACUCAAGGGUAUUUCAACCUUGGUAACCUGUAUCGUGGACUAUAUGGGAAAGCGUAUUGUUUGUCAAGCACCAGUUCCUGGUAUCUUGGAUGCAGCACCGCCAUCUGAGGAGGAAGAUGAUGCUGGAGCAGAACAGGAGAAAAAAGAAGAAGGAAAAGCGGAAGAAGACGAAGAGGAAGAAAUAAUGGAAAAAGUCUUGUACGGUUUGUCUUCUGAUAGUCAAAAGAUUCUUGAAGACAAAUCUUUUGAAAAGCCAUUGAAACUGUUGAGUGAGGUCUUCCACUUAAAACCACAUGGUGUCAAGUUGUCUGAGCAAGUCAAAUCCGAAGGAGACUUGGUUGUUUCUAAAGAUACUAAAGGUUUGAAAGGUACUGAUGGAAGAAAAUAUGCCAUUGACUUGUAUAGAACAACCCCACGUGAUAUCGAAUUUAUUGAGGCCCAUUUCAAAGAAGGAGAGAAUGAUUCAUAUCCUCAUGGUGAAGCUUUAAUUAGACACGAAGCGGUUAAUGAAUGGUGGAAGCGUAAGGUGUCUGCUUUGUUUGCUGCUGAAACUGAGAAAUUGGAAAAGGAGGGAAAGUUAGAAAAAGACGGCAGCAAAGGCACCAAUAGUGAGGAAAAAUCCCAAAUUGCUUUACCAAUUGACCAAGUUUCAUUCAACCCAGACGCUUUUUCUUCCGAUUUUGAAUCCAAGGAAGACCGCGAUGAAGUGAGAGAAAUAUCCAAGUUUAUUAAAGAAAAAUUGAUUCCAGAAUUCAUUGAGGAGUGUCAACACCAAUUGGCUCCAUUUGAUGGUCAACAAUUGUCCGAGCAAUUGCACAGAUAUGGUAUUAAUUUGAGAUACUUGGGUUACAUUGCAGAACAAGUUUUGGUAAAGAAGGCAGAGUAUGAGGAGUCAGUCGAAAAGACAAUCAAAGAGAAUGAGGAGUUGGUGAAGGUAAGAGAAGCUGAAAAGGUUGAAAAAGACAGAAGGGAAGCAGAAGAGGCCGAAAAAGCCAAAGAGAGAGCUGCAGCCCAGCCAGAAAGCAGCUCAGAUGACAAAAAUCAAGAGACUAUUGAAAAUUCUGACGCCAAGUCCAAGGAGAAUACUGAAUCUGAUGACAAGGAUGCCGAAGAGCAACCCGUUUCAAAAGCUACUUAUGAGUUAGUAUUGGCUAACUACGACUCUCUCUAUAGACUCGCUAUUCAAGAAAUGGUUGCACGUGCUUCAAAACAUGUUUUGAGACAAAUCAUGAAAGAGACGCCAUUGGAGCUUUCUGCAAAAGCCGUGGCUCAUUUCCAUAAUUGUUUGUUGGGUGGCGAGAUUAACACUUCUCCCGAAGCAGAGAUUGAUCCAUUAGAAGCAUCCUUCUUCUCCCAAUCAGCAAUCAGUUUUGCAAAGUUGACUCAUAAAGAUGUCGUUGCUCAAGUUGCCAAAGAAGUUGGUUCCAGGUUUAGAUUCACACUUGAAGAGAAUUGGAUAGAAAAAUUGGUUCACUUGCCUCAAUUGUUUAGAGAGAUUGCCCUCAAAUUUGGUAUUCAAUGGAAAUCAUUUGAUUACACUUUUACCAAACAAGAGUUUGAACACUCUCAAAGAGAACAGAAACAAGAAAGCGUGGUUGAUAAUGUCGAAAAGAAGCACUCUAAAAAGUCAAAGAAGAAAUCGCCAGCUUUGCCUAUUGAAAAUAAGCCAACAUCUUUCGCACGCUCGUCGAUAUUUAUUGCUGAUGAUAUCGUUGGUUUUGUCCCACUCGUUAAGGACUCUUCAUAUAAACCAACUUUGGUUGACGAGAUUUUUGCCAAUGCUAGGUCGCAGUUACUUUCUGGUGAUAAAGACCUUGGUAUGGCCAUGCUUGCUGAAUUAGUAACUAUAUAUGAAGCGAUUUAUGGAAAGGUCAAUUCGCAGACUGCAAAGUUCUACAGUCUUGUUGCUAAAGUAUAUCAAGAGCUGGGCUUUGACAAAGAGGCAGCUAUUAUGGGCCGUAAGGCUGUUGUGUUAUCAGAAAGAUCGUGCGGUUUUGACAACCAUGAUACUAUUGCUGCGUACAUGAACUCAGCUUAUUUUGAGCUUGCUAACUCUCAAAUCGCCAACUCCUUGAAGCUAUACCUGAGAGCUAUGCAACUUUGGACCUCCACUUAUGGAAAAGACCACCCAGCGUUGGUUAAUUUGUUGACCAACGUGGCUGACUCCUUGUACUAUGCUAAGGACUAUGAGAGUGCCUUGAAGUUGUUCAAUGCGGCAUUGGAGGCAUGUUCGCAUUUGAAUGGACAAGCUUCAGAAAUUGCGGGCCUUUUCCAUUUCAAGAUUGCCAAUGUCCUUGUGUCCCAACAAAAAAUUGAAAAGUCAAAGGAUAGCUUUGUUGCCGCUAAUGAAAUAUUCCAAAAAUUAUUGGGACCCGAUGACUCGAUGACUGAUCAAACAAGCAAAUACAUUUCUAAUGUUGCCAUGUAUAUUGAGUACUUAAAGGCUAGACAAGCGCAAAGCAAGAAAUCUCCACCUCCGACCCAAACAGUAGCUCCUAACGCUCGUGUCUCGGCUUCCCAAGCAAGUGCUAAAGUUGCAAAUGGUAAUGGAACUGGUUCCUCAAAAAGUAAGAAAGGGAAAAAAGAUAAGAGUACCCCUCAGUCUGAUCCUCAAAUUGCUAACCAAUCAGUUGAAGAUAUCUUGAAAUUCAUUGAGGGUAAGAGUAAGCCGAACGCCAAGAGCAAGUCGAAACAUACAAAAGCUUAG